AAACAAUGUUUCUAAUUAGAGCCCACCCACGUGGCUGUUUUUUUUAGAGAAUGAGUUGGAAAGCACAAUCUGAAAAGAUAGUCUCUUGUGCUGCUACAGACUUCUAUUCUGGCGUGGAGGUAUGGCUGACAAGACCACAGGUGAUAAACAGACGCCUACUGGGCUGUGUGGAGGUCUACAGCUCUCAUAGUGUGGAGUACACCACUACACACGUCAAUGAUGAUUGUGGUGCUUCUCAUGCUUCUAGUGAUGUGCUGUAUGGAGAGUGUUUGAGUAGCCUUGUCUCGUGUGUGCUUUCGGAUGAGAGUAGAGCUAGUAGUCGGGUGGUUGUGAGGAGAAUGCUUCCUAGAAUGAGGAACAUGGCUGAGAGUCUGGAGGCUGUAGUUAUCGACGAGGAUUGUUAUACAGUGACCUUUUGCCCCCUUGAUGAACAGUGCCCCGCCCACUCCACCAUCCCCCCUGGCUCGUACAGACUCCAGCUAGUAACCGCAGCUGACACUCAGAUUGUCUUGAGUACUUGGAUACCUCCUGACGACAAACUGGACAGCCCCACUGUGAGGGAUUCAGCCACACCCACUAACGGAGUGACCACACCCACUCUAGAGUGGCUCAAAGCAGUCCUCUUACCAAAAGUCUGUCAAUGGUCUGAGGAGAAUAAGGGGAAGUCCCCAUCGGCAAGAAGGGGGAAGUCCCUAGUACCCCUAUCUCGUUACUCACAGCUGUAUCGAGAGCUGAAAUCAAAAUAUGGAGAACACUUGGUUAAGAGCUGGCCUGAAGCGACUGACCCUCACAAGUUUGUGUAUGAGGACAUUGCUAUUGCUAGCUACCUUCUGGUAUUGUGGGAGGUAGAGAGGGAAGAGCUAGGUCUGAGAGACAAACAGUCCUUCGUUGACCUAGGCUGUGGGAACGGGCUCCUUGUGUACCUGCUAGCGGCUGAAGGGCAUCCAGGCAAGGGAAUUGAUUUAAGGGCAAGAAAAAUAUGGAGAAUGUUUCGAGAUAAAGCCACUCUUGAAGUGAGUACUUUGACUCCAUCUGACGAGACUCUAUUCCCUAACUUUGACUGGUUACUAGGCAACCACUCGGACGAGCUGACGCCAUGGAUUCCAGUGAUGGCGGGGCGGUCUUCUUACCACACUAGCUAUUUUGUUCUGCCCUGCUGUCCACACGACUUUGAGACAAGAUAUCGUCGGCGUGACUCUGACAGGAGUCAAUAUCGCAGCUAUCUGGACUAUGUGCGAGAGAUUGGGGAGAACAUGGGGUUCAAAGUUCAAGAGGACACAAUGAGAAUACCGUCAAGCAAGAGAGUGUGUCAGGUGGGUAGGCGUAGGAGCUACCUCAGAACUGACGAAGACGAGGUAGACAAGAAAAGACUGGCCUAUCUUGAGCAGCGUUGUCCCUCAAGAACAAACACUAGCCCUCUGACCUCAGCGGCUGACAUUGACGAAGCUUUUUCAACAGUUUUACACAGUCCAUUUCAGACAACCCCUCCAUCAGCCUUGCACAUUGUGGCCACUGCAGAAAGUAUACGAAUUUCAGCUUCUGAGUUUUCAGACAGCCAGGUAGAACUGAACGUGGCCAGUGCAGAAGAUUUAUCUACUCAACCUGUUGCAAAUCCAACGAUCGAGAUGAGCUCUAAAUGGGCGUCUGGGUUUCAGCCUCGUUCCUCUACUGAGCAUGUGCGGAACUGUACUCUGGUGGACCGUGACAUUCGGGCUCUAGUUGUGAAGAGAUUGACUGCUGCUCUCUUGGAAACGGAGCACUAUUUGCGGGUGAAAUGUCUGUGCAGUGUAAGAGGCUCUACAGGGAAUCGUGUGGAGGAGUCACUACUGCAAUGGAAUGUUGGAGGCGAGGUCCGUCUGAGCAGAGCUGUGAUCCUAUUGGACGCUGCUGUGCUGAGCAGACUCAAGAGAGAGUUUGGUGGUCUCCAGACUUUGUUACGUAACGAGCACCAGGUGUUUGAAGUGUAUGGUGGACAAGUUCACUUGCGAAACUGGUCCAAGCUCGAUCAACCUGUGUCAUCCAAACGCUCAAAAAAUCCAAACCGCUCCAAAUCGGAGGCAAUUCUACUUAGAAAGACAAAACCAUGCUGGUUUUACCAUCACCAUCCACAAGGGUGUCCAAGACUAGACACCGACUGUCCCUAUGCACAUGGUGACCAUGAACUGAGGCCAAGGCCAGAUUUCACUAUUGAGACACUAUUGAGUGAUCUUUAAUUAUAAUUAUGUUAGGUUGUAGUCAAUUUGUGCUCAUUUCCAGUAAAGCAUAAUGAUAUUCAUAGCAUUCCGA